AUGAGCCCUGAGUAUCCUUUCCAGUGCAUCUGUGCUGAUUACUUUACUUACAAAGGUAACCAUUACCUGGUGGUAGUGGACCGCUACUCAAACUGGCCCAUCGUAGAGCAGUCAGCCGUUGGAGCUCAAGGACUGUUAACUUGCCUCAGACGCAUCUUUGUUACAUACGGGAUACCUGAUGAACUUGCAUCUGACGGGGGACCAGAAUUCACAGCUACAGCUACAAGGCAGUUCUUAAGUGACUGGGGUGUGCAUCAUAGAUUAUCCUCAGUAGCCUUCCCUCACAGCAACUGCAGAGCAGAGAUUGGAGUCAAGACAGUCAAACGCCUUCUAAUGGACAAUACUAGCUCUUCUGGCGACAUUGAUACCGACUCUUUCCAGCGAGCCAUGCUACAAUAUAGAAAUACACCAGACAGAGACACGAAGCUCUCCCCAGCUGUAUGCAUAUUUGGUCGACCAAUCAGAGAUUUCAUCCCAAUUCCACCUGGGAAAUACAAGCCUCACUCAACAUGGCAAAACACAUCCCUUGCCCGUGAAGAGGCAUUGCGCAACAGACAUAUGCAAUGUGCAGAACGACUGUCGGAACAUACGCAAAGACUACCUCCUCUUUCUGUUGGAGACCACGUUCGGAUGCAGAACCAAAUUUGCUCAUUCCCUCGCAAGUGGGAUAAGACACGAGUAGUAAUUGAGGUGCGCCAGUUUGACCAGUACGUUGUGCGCAUUGAUGGUUCUAGACGUGUCACUCUGAGGAACAGGAAAUUUCUUCGCAAAUAUGUUCCAGUUCAGUUGCCGCCAAAGCGGCUUAGCAUAGACACUGACACUACGCUACAUCAACCAUCGUUUUCUGUUUCCCCUACUGUUACUACGGACACAACAGUGAAGCCUGGAUUAACAACUCCAACGAAAACAGUCACAGUGCCAGAACAAUCACCCGGGCCUGCAUGCCCGCCUGCCAUGGAAGCCUCACACGAGACACCUACUUGCACCCAGGUACAAAGCCCAUGUCGUCAGCUCGCAUACUCUGAACCAAGAACUCAAGAUGCCAUCUCACUGCCAGAUGUUGCCACAGGCCCACCUUGUGCUAAAGCAACCGUUGUUCCAUCGCCAACAGUUGAGUCUACUUCCACACCGCCACGACGGUCCAGCCGCAUAAGACAUGCCCCAGAAUGGCAAAAAGACUUUGUUUGUGAAUAA